AUCACCAGGCUGCUGUGUUGGUCUCCGAAAACAAGCAGUUCCUCCGCGGUGGCUGCCUGUGUUUGUGAGUGUUUGUGUCCGUCCCUGCAGCGGAGAGCCGAGGAUCACCCGGCGGAGGAGCGGCGGCUCAGGCUGCUGCCGGCGGGGCGGAGCGGAGCGGCGGCUUGUAGAGUCCGGCUGCAGCGGUUUGGUGCUGCUCUGCUCGCUGCAGCUGCGGUUUCCCCUCCACAACGUGACUUGUGACCCACUUCGGUAGUUUUCUACGACUAACCUCAGACUGGAACGAACCUUCAGCAGCUGGUCGAGCCCAGAACGCAGUCCUGAGACGCUGGCAGCCUUUUGAAAUGAGUCUUGAGUAGAAUUAAAAUCAGCCUGUCUUAAGGGGAAAACGCAAAUCCAAAAAUGACAAUGGAUGAGGUCAUCACACAAAUGAAUGAAGAGGUGGCGAAACACGACUCCUCCACAGAGGCACUCCCGACACCUUUACUGAUUAUAUUGUCCCCACCCCCACCUUUCUUACCUGUGCCUGGAGAACCGACCAUGUCGUGGGAUAGCUGGCAUAAGUCUUUUGAAAACUAUCUUGAAGCUUUUGGAGAAACAGAGUUGUUCGAUUCUGCUAAGUGUGCCCUCUUACAGAACUGCCUUGGACAAGAAGGACAGCGCGUCUAUGCAACACUGAUCCAGGGAGACACCACCUACGCCGCAGCUACCUCUGCACUCACUGUUCACUUCAGCUCUGCUAACAGUCCUCAAACACACCAACUUAAAUUUCAGCAGAGAGCACAGAGGCAUGGGGAGACGGUGGAGCAGUUUGUCUCUGCAUUGGAGCGACUAGUAAAGCCUUGCAACUUUGGAGAUUUGCAAGAGAGACUUGUCCUCAAUCAGCUGAUUGAGAAAACAAACUGUAUGCAGCUCCGAGAAAGACUGUUGGUAGAAAAGGAAACUCUGACGCUGACCGAGGCAUUGGCAAUUGGUAAAAAGAUGGAAUCUUCUUUAAAUGAAUCUGCAUCACUCGGCAUUCCUUGUGUGAGUGUGGAUAGUUUAGAUACUGAAGAUCAUCCUGUUCAAAGAGUGGCAAAAAGGAGGAGGGGGAGGCCAAGAGGCAGCACUAAACGAAAAAAAACUGAGCCUCCCACAACCGGAACAACAUCCAGCUCAUUUGGACACAAAUAUAGUGAAUAUUAUUAUGGUAAUGAUAGAGAGUAUUAUAGCAGUGGUGAUGAAAAUUGUGGAAAUGAGACAGACGAGGAGGAAUGUGACAAAGCUAAAGGUUAUGAAGGCGGUUGUGGCAAUGAAGAAAAGGUUGUAAUUUCUCAGUCUAAAACAAAGGGCAAUUUCUGCCCCAUCUGUGUUGGUAGGAGCUUUGUUAAUGCAAACAAGCUGGCCAGACACAUGAGGACACACACAAAAGAGAAACCAUUCAGCUGUCCGAUCUGUGCUAUGACCUUUAGCCAGUCCUACCACAUGACCAGACAUUUGAGAAACCAGCACAGUGCGGGUCAGUAUGUCUGCUCUAAAUGUGGGACAGGGUUAAAAAGUUGGGCAGAGCUGGCAGAUCACAGGAGGACCCACUGCCCUGAACUGCUGUCAUGUCCUGACUGUGAUAAAAAGUUUGAGAAGAGCAGUCUGUUGACAGAUCACAUCAAGUCACAUAGCGAGGACCACUCAGACCACACAGGGACACACAGAUCCCGAAAGUGUGAUGGACUCGAAAAACAACAGUCUCACAACAACAAUAAUUAUUCUAGUAAUGAGAGAAACUCUAGUGGGAGGGAUGAAAAUGAAACCGAUAAUUGCAGUGAUAAAGAAUGUGCUGGGGAUGAGCAAACGGAUGCGGACUGUGAUACUGAUGAUGCUAAGGAUAAAGAAUCCGAAGUCGGUCAUGAAAUGAAAGAUAAAGAUGGUAGCAAAGCCAAAUCUUAUGAAGGUGGCAGUGACAAUGAAAAGGUUGUUAACUCCAAGAGUAAAGCAAAGGGACAUUUCUGCCCCAUCUGUGUUGAUAGGAGCUUUGUUAAUGCAAACAAGCUGGCCAGACACAUGAGGACACACACAAAAGAUAAACCAUUCAGCUGUCCGAUCUGUGCUAUGACCUUUAGCCAGUCCUACCACAUGACCAGACACUUGAGAAACCAGCACAGUGCGGGUCAGUAUGUCUGCUCUAAAUGUGGGGAAGACUUAAAAAGUUGGGCAGAGCUGGCAGAUCACAAGAGGACUCACUGCCCUGAACUACUCUCAUGUCCUGGUUGUGAUAAAAAGUUUGAGAAGAGCAGGCUGUUGACAGAUCACAUCAAGUCACAUAGCGAGGACCACUCAGACCACACAGGGACACGCAGAUCCCGAAAACUUAACAGGCUAAAAAAACAGCAGUCGCACAACAAAGAUGAUUAUUCCAGUAAUGAGAAACAUUGUGGUGGGAGGGAUGAAAAUGAAACUCAUAAUUGCAGUGAUAAAGAGUGUGCUGGGGAUGAGCAAACGGAUGCAGACUGUGUUACUGAUGAUGCUAAGGAUAAAGGAUCUGAAGUGGAUCAUGAAAUGAAAGAUAAAGGCAGUGACGAAGCUGAAGGUUUUGAAGGUGGUUGUGGUGAUGAAGAAGAGGUUGUCAUUUCUAAGACUAAAACAGACCGCCAUUUCUGCCCCAUCUGUGUUGGUAGGAGCUUUGUUAAUGCAAACAAGCUGGCCAGACACAUGAGGACGCACACAAAAGAGAAACCAUUCAGCUGUCCAAUCUGUGCUUUGACCUUUAGCCAGUCCUACCACAUGACCAGACAUUUGAGAAACCAGCACAGUGCGGGUCAGUAUGUCUGCUCUAAAUGUGGGAAAGGGUUAAAAAGUUGGGCAGAGCUGGCAGAUCACAAGAGGACCCACUGCCCUGAACUACUCUCAUGUCCUGACUGUGAUAAAAAGUUUGAGAAGAGCAGUCUGUUGACAGAUCACAUCAAGUCACAUAGCGAGGACCACUCAGACCACACAGGGACACGCAGAUCCCAAAAGUGUGAUGGACUCAAAAAACAACAGUCUCACAACAAAGAUAAUUAUUCUAGUAAUGAGAGAAACUCUAGUGGGAGGGAUGAAAAUGAAACUGAUAAUUGCAGUGACAAAGAGGGGGGUGAGCUGACGAAUGCAGACGUUGAUACUGAUGAUGCUCAGGACAAAGGAACUGAAAUAGGUCAUAAAAUAAAAGAUAAAGACUGUGGUGAAACUAAAAGUAAUGAAGGUGGCAGUGGUAAAGAAAAGGUGGUUAACUCCAAGAGUAAAACAAAGGGACAUUUCUGCCCCAUCUGUGUUGAUAGGCGCUUCAGAGGGGCAAACAAGCUCGCCAGGCACAUGAGGGCCCACACAAAGGAGAAACCAUUCAGCUGUCCAGUUUGCGCUAUGACCUUUAGCCAGUCCUACCACAUGACCAGACACGUAAGAAACCAGCAUAGCUUAAGCAACUAUAUCUGCUCUAAAUGUGGGGCAAGUCUUCGUAGCUGGGAGGAACUGAAAAGUCACAUGAGGACCCAUGUUCCAGCAUUAAUGUCGUGCCCUGAAUGUGAUAAAAAGUUCAAAUAUAAGAGUGCAUUGGUAAAUCAUAUCAGAACUCACAACAAGAUCCCACCCAACCCCCUGUGCCGAACAUGCAAUGAGUGUGGUAAAAUAUUUAGUAGGAAGUAUCAUUUGAAAAGGCACAUAGAAACUCAUGGCAAAUCAACAAAAACCUUAUGGUACAAUUGCCCUGAUUGUCAGAAGAGCUAUUCUGUCCUGAAGAACUUCAACAAACAUCUGGAGGACCAUCAGAAAGAAAAAAACGGGACUUGUCUCAAGUGUGACCAAACCUUCCCUUGUCCGGAAGAGCUGAAGGCACACAUGGAGAUUCACAAAACGUCCUAUCCCUGUGCCAUCUGUGAUGAGAAGUUCAAGGAGGAGUGUGAAUUGAGGAAGCAUGAGCAAGUGCACACAAAAGAAGAGUUUUAUUGUUCGUUGUGUGAUAAGCACUUCUCCAAACUUAGUCACUACAAGAGACACGUCAUGGUCCACGCCAGGCGGGAAUCCAAAUGUCCGCACUGUGAGAGUGUUUUUCUACAGUUAACAGCUUUGAAAUACCACCUGCGCACUCACACUGAAGAAAGACCUUACCAAUGUACAUGCUGUAUUGAAACCUUUACAAAAAAUGAAGACCUAGAACGACACUGCCUGAAACAUAGAAAAUUCAAGAAAGCAAAACCCUACUCGUGUACCCGGUGUGAUUACGCUUUUUCCACACUGACGGAGCUGACCGAACACAUGAGCUCACACAAGGGAGAGCAGCCAAUGAACUGCCCCGACUGCGGUAAGACGUUCCUGAACAAGAACAAGCUGCAAAAACACUUGAGCAUCCACACGGGGGAAAGACCUCACCUGUGUUCCCUUUGCGCCAAAGGGUUCCCCUCUGCCGCCAGCCUGAAGCUGCAUGUGCUCAUCCAUACUGGAGACAAACCGUUCAAGUGUUCGCAGUGCAGCAAGAGCUUCAGCUCGUCCAGCGGGCUGCGGCUCCACGGCCGGCAGCACAUGGCGGUGCGACCCAGCUACCCGUGUCCUGACUGCGGCAGGACGUACGGUCGCAUGACAGAGUUGAAGAUGCACCAGCGUUACCACACAGGAGAUAAGCCGUAUUCGUGCACCUGCUGCAACAAGCGGUUUGUUAGCAAGCACAAGCUGAACGUACACAUGAGGAUCCACACAGGAGAGAGGCCGUAUGCCUGCUCCCACUGUGGACAGACGUUUACACAGACUGGAGACAGGAACAGACACAUGAACAAGUACCACAAGUGACACAGGUGUUUCAAAAACACUCCAGUCAAGUUUUGUUUUGUUGCUUUUAUUACUGUGUGCCAUAUAGGUGGCAAAAUAACCCCCCCUUGAAUUAUUCAAGCCCUUAUCAUUUGUUAAGCUCUUGCCAGUGCCAUCCACACAGCAAUUCUGUCCCAUUGAUGUUCACCCAUCAUCCCCAUCCACGUCAUCCAUUGGCAGCAGGCACCUGAACGCCAUAGGAGAGGCCACGGAUGAGGGUUUGCUCUCCUCAGUGCUAUUCCCGCUCACCUCACUUCCUCACCCACUGCCAUCCAGCACAUACACCAGAGCUAUAUCAACUCAGUGUGCACACAUCCAUUUGCACAAGUCUACCCACCGUUUGCCUCUAUGCUUGUCUCGUCCUCCCCAUUCUGCCCUUUUCUCACUGAUCUGCCCAGUAGGUCUUGGCUAGAAACUGUCAUACCUGUGAUGGGCAUUUGGUGAACCAAAUCCACCACCUUGCCCCUUCAGGGUUCACUGGCUCCCUGGUGGACUAGUUCUGCAGAAAGCAUAGUUGAUUGGUCAGUUAAUCAAUCAACCAAACAUUAACCAAUUGAAAUUUUGAUAAUAAUUGAGAAUAUAUCUUCUUCUUCUUCUUUUUUCUUUUUUUUUUUCAAGUCAGAACACCCAGUAUGGCAGUUCCAGCUUCACAAAUGUCAUGACUGGCUUUUCUCAGUGCAACUUUCAUGCAGCUAGUUAUAGGUUCCCACCAAAACCUGUUCUCAACAUUCCAAGUGAUGACCCGAACUCCAUAACAACAAGCUGCCAUCCAGUUGCACCAUGAAAAGUCAGCCUAAGAGUCUUGGUAAAUUGUGAUGGGAUUUGACAUUAUUUUUGACGAUUCAUACACCAAAUGAAAAAAAUCAGAUUAACCAACAAUGAAAAUAAUCACCAGUUGUAGCCUUAGAUAAGCUGGGGACCUAAAUCCCCCAGUGCUCUUAACAUCCUGGCCAAAGUGAAUAUUAUCAUCACACACGGACAUGAAUGACACCAGGAGUAGUUGUUGAUGUUGAUGUUGCUGCCUUAGAAAAAAUGCCUAUUUAAUUUCCUGUUCCUAGUCAUUGUCUACUUAAUGAAUUAGUUCUUCAUUUCACUAUUAUUUGUUGCUUUUAUGUCCUUUUCUUUUAUGUUACUUUGUUCACAUGGCCACCCUUUAUUUGUAUGGUCCAAUGCUGAUACUCGAUAUCACGUCACUGUAAUGUGUCACUUAAUAGUUACUGAGUGUCAGGUGAUACUCUUGUGUGAAACGAGGUCUUUAGAUAUUCACUGUCCUGGAUAGGGCUAAAUAUGGGAUCAGGUUUAGUGUUUGAUAGUGGUUAAAAUGCAGAGUAGGCAAAUCAUAUUUCAUUUUUUGUUAACUGGAUAAAUGAGUAUUAACAUUGGACUAUCCAAAUAAAGUGUUACUGCUUACACUGCUCCUUACUCAUUAUUAUAGAUCUUUGCAUUUAAUUUACUGUGUAAACUAAACACUUUGUAACCGUGUUUGGAGAAGUGCCAUAAAAAUAAAGAUUCAUACUGUUCUA